UGUAAGAGCGCCGCUUCGUACAGCUUUAAGUGUCUGGAAGCCCUCGGCGCGCAUGCACGGCCCCUCCUUGUGUACGGCGAGGCACAGGCCGGCUGCACACAUAGACUGGCACAUUCGAAACGGAGGCACACUUUUGUCAGCAGCCCGCUGCUUCGCACGCCGUCACAGCACCCCGCGCACCAGAGCAGCGUCCCCCCUAGUUCUCUUCGCUGGAGAGAUGCAUUCCUUGACUUGCGGGUGUCGUCUCACGAGCUUACCGCACCGACGCUGUGCGUGCUCUCUGAACAGCACCACGACUCUGUGCUUUGUACGGCCAGACGGCUGGUGCGUGAAGCAGUGCACCGAAAAGUACGCUGUCGUAUGCGCGCCCGCUGCUUCGCCCCCGUCCGAAAGAGGCGGCCCCCCUUUGACGCUGAGCGGGACUCUCUCAUUCCUCGAAGGCUGGCUGUGUUUAAUGAGAACGUCGACGAGAUUACUGUUCUUGAGGAAGGAACAGCCGACGAAAGUCAGCGCCGGGGCGUCGCUGCUUUCCUCAGGCGUUCCUUCCGCUGCCCACCUCGCAGGAGCUCCCGCUUACACUUGUCGAGUGGGCGCCGGGCAAUUCGCACGUAG